ACGAAGGAGACUGCAAUGCUGCAAUGGAGUUUAUCAAUUGACAAAUAACAUAGUAUUAUAUUAAUUUUUUUAUUAUCAUAUUACCUUAAAGAGUUUUGAUGAGUGGUUAAUGAAAAGGUCGCGAAUAUGUGGCACGAGGCAAGGAAACAGGAGAGGAAGAUCCGUGGAAUGUUGGUGGAUUACAGGAAGAGAGCAGAAAGACGCCGGGAUUUCUAUGAGAAGAUCAAAGCAGAUCCUACUCAGUUCUUGCAGGUUCAUGGCAGACAAUGCAAAAUCCACUUAGAUCCAGUGAUUGCUGCUGCUGCGGAUGGACCUGCCACAAUGAUGCCAUGGCAAGGGCAAAAAGAAAAUUUGAUUGAUAGGUUUGAUGUUAGAGCACAUUUGGAUUUUAUCCCAGCUGUGAAAAAUGAUGAUGAUUUUGAGAUUACAUAUGAGGAGAGGCAGAUUAACUAUGAGAGGUAUAGGAUCAUUGCUCAGAACUCUUUUUUGGCUAUCAGCGAGGAGAAGUUCUUGAAGCAGUUACAUUUGGAGGAGCAAUUUGGAUACACAGAGAAUGAUCCUAAACCUAAGAAGAAAACUGGUGGAGCAGCUAUUGGCUUCAAUUACGAAGACGGCACUGGACCAAGCCCAUCGACGAUACAGUAUCCUAUAGAGGAAGAGAAUUCUGAUGAGAAUUCCGAUAGCGAUUUGGACGUGGAUUUGUCGAUUAACGUCUCUAAAUUGGACCAAGGUCAGGCGCACGAGAUGAAUAGGCACGGGAGGAAUUUCGGAAUGAGUUCCAAUGAUUUUUAUUCAUUCUUGACACACGAUUUGGAGGAGGCUGAGAGCUUCAGGUUGGCGAAGGAAGAGGAGCACGAGAAGGCGCUGUUUUCUGGGAGGAAAUCUCGCAGGGAGCGUAGAGCGCACCGAGAAAAGAGACUUGCUAACAGAAAGAUUAGUCCACCGAGCUACGCCGCUAGAGAACCUGUAAAUGUCUUGGAGACUCAUCAGAAGUCAGAGUCACGUUCGCCGUCACCUGAAAACACGGGUAAAAUUACAUUCAUAACAUCUUUCGGCGAUGAGGAGGAGCCUCAGAUGCCCAGCAAACCAACUUACGCGGAUAAAGUAAAGUACGGGAGUCGCUUGAAACGAUUGAGGGAGGAUAGCGAGGAGCGUGUGGUGUUCAGGGAUCUGAACACAUUCAAGAGAUCGCGCAGUCGGGAUCGCAGUUUCCGCAGGAGAUCGAGACGGUCGACUUCACGUUCGAAACGUUUCCGGUCCAGACGAUCAUCUUCCUCUAGCUCCGAAAGAUCUCGUCGCUCUCGAAGGCGACGGUCACUUUCGCGCAGCAAAAAGAAGAGCAUCUCGAAGUCGCCGAGCAAGUCUCGAAGUACUUCUCCGGCUUGCAGCAUUCCGGUCCCUCCUAAGAGGGAGGAGUCACCGCCAAAACUAGUAACUCGGUAUUACGGACGCAGGAAGAGCGAUCUCAGCUCUUCGGAUAUCUGUGAUUCCAGCGAAGACGACCACGCAUUGGAGAAAAUCGAAUCAAAUUCGGUUUCUCAAAACUCUAUAUCCAAGACUGGUAAUUCAGGCUCAUCAUCCAAAAGUGGGAACAGUACCUCGGCAGCGGCGGCGGCGGCUGCAGCUGCAGCAGCCAGUGUACAAAGCACGAGUUUAAGUCUGCAAGAGCGGCUUAAGAGAAAACGACAGGCCUUAUUGAAUAAACAAUUUAAAGCAGAUAAAAUCGCCGAGCAGAUGAAGACGGAGCGCGAGAAGCAGGAGCAGCAAACUCGUGAGGACGAACUACGGGAAAUGGCAAUAAAACUAAGACGAAAGCAAAGAGAGCGACGGCAUGCGUACGAGAGUAACAGCUCGGAUAACUCUUCGGACAAUGAGGCUGGGAAUGCCGGGUCUUCUACAUGCGACCGGAGAAGUCGCAGUACUUCGCCAAAGUCGCAUCAAUCCAGGAGUUACAGGGAUCGCAGGUCGCGUGAUCGCGAAUACCGUAAGUCCGAUAAGGAUGACGAUUAUAGGAGGAAUCGGUCGCGGGGUAGGAGUCGCGAUCGGCACCGGAAAUCACCGUCACGUGAAGAGGACCGGAAGCAGCGAGAUGAUUACGAUGACAGACGUCGGGACGAGUACAGCAGACGCAGUAGGGACUACAGGAACGAUGAUCACAAACGGAGCGACAAGGAUAAGGACAGGGAGGAGCGAUCCUCUGGUCGCGGUUUAGUGGAUUAUUGAGAUCGUCUUUCUAAAAUUGUUUACGACAUACACACACGAUGAUUAUCAAUAUUUACGUUAAUGGAUUGCGAGAAACGUCGCUUUUAUUUUCAUGGAAUUUGCGGAUGAAGGCACUGAAAGUUUAUUUUUCUUUGUAUUUGUAUUCUUUACAUCAUUUUUUUUCUGUCUAUAUAUGUUUUUUGUUUAUGUAUUAAUAAAAUGAAAUGAGCGGUAGAGGAGAGGAUUCUGCGUAUGUAUUUAUUGUGAGGGUUGGUCUCGUGAAUAAAAUAUGUUUGCGGGAGGUGUGGAAAACUGCCGUUGCUGAAUGUGCGCGACGACCACCACCCCCAACUUACAUCCGCCCUCUCGCGUUGCCUCCUUUCGAGGCACACGCGUCUCCGGGGACCGGACAUAAAAUGUCCUGAAAUGUCUUGUGGCUACAUGCUACGAAGGGCUAAGAAAGUCAUUUGGCGACUGGUCCGCACCUGAGACGACGUCCCUAAACCACCCUCUUACAACCCUUAAAAACGGUUUUCGCUUCUUUUAAUGA